AUGUAGAAUCUUUGGUUUGUUAGACCCGUACAGUGUAAAAUGUCAAAUGUCAUUGGUUAAUAAUUUUGUAAUCAUGGGGAAUCAUGUGUUCUUUUGGAUUUGUUUAAGUGGUGUUUUGUUAUCUAUUUCGGAAGUUUCUCCUGAAAGAACAAAAGAUAAAAUGUACGAAUCUAUUGAUGGAGCGGCAGCUUGCUUCAGAAGACUGAAUGGAACUCAUCAGUUCGGCUGCUCGUCUUCCCGCUCAGGCAGUGUUGGUGCUAUACACUUAAUUGAUGAUGAUGAUGACCUACUGUGGCUUUUGAAUAAAGGGGAUGCUCCACCUUAUAUGGCUGUUCUUGGUCCUGAUAUGUUCAAGAGGGAUGUGCUGUUGACACUGCGUGAUUCUGGGAAGGUCAGUGGUGUGUUGCUCGCAUAUGACACAGCUGCUGAUCUGCCACAACACUAUUCACCUGAUGAUACCUGCCCCAAUCGGUACUCAGGACAGAAGAAGUGUGUCGACAAUGCCCCGUGGAACCCUGAGGGAAUGGGACUCCUGCAAAUUGACUGGGGCUUUCCAAUGUUCUACAUCAAAAGCAAUUCUAAUGAUAGUUCUGGGAACCUGCGGAAGAUAAGAGAGUGUCACCAGCGCUAUAACAGCGCUGACACUCAGGCUGGACGGACACUUUGUGCUAUAGAGAUGAAUUCGUACAUGUCUGCAGCUGUCAGUUCAGAAGUGUGUGUUAGGCGAAAUGGAGUGAAAAAUAAUUUCCAUCCAGGUGAGACACAGGUCCACGUGUGUGACGCUCUUAUUGACCGUAACGUUUGGGUGAGCCUACCAGCUCUCUCACAAAAUCGUCCAGAUACCGCUUAUGAAAACAGAACAGUCAUCAUGGUUUCAGCCCGAAUGGAUUCUACAUCUAUGUUUGACCAGGUGGUGCCAGGUGCAACAAGCCCAGUCACUGGUAUAGUGGCACUGCUGGCCACGGCGCAUGCCCUUUCCCAGGUCUUCCCCCAGGAUGACACACAACAAUCGAGCACUGUUCUUUUCACACUGCUGCAUGGUGAAUCACACGACUACAUCGGAUCCCAGCGUCUCUUGUGGGAUAUGCUGCACGGACAGUUUCCACAUCCUUCAAAUGCCGAUAUUGAUGAUCCUGUACACCUGCUGUACCCAAACCAUCUAAAGCUCUUUGUUGAACUGAGUCAGCUUUCCAACAGGCAGCAACAUCUCACUUUCCACCCAGCAAGCAGUGCAAAUUACAUCAGGGCUCAUGCUCCAGUGAUGGACUUCAUGGGCAACAUGACAGAAUUUGGACACAACUAUGGAAUUACAUUUACUAAGUCAACUACAGACACACUGCCACCUGCUUCUCUACAGACAUUUCUUGUGCACGAUAACAAACUACCUGGUGUGGUUAUUGCUGAUCACGAAGCUGGCUUUACGAAUAGGUACUAUAACAGUAUAUUUGAUGAUGCAUCGACACUCAACUAUACAUAUUACAAUGGCUCUGUUCCACCUGAGGAUUCACUUGCAUCAUUUAUAGCUAACUUCUCUACAGUUUUGGCACAGUCACUGUUCUACAUGGCAACGAAAACAAAAAACACUACUGCAUCUGUUGAUGCAACUCUGGUGGAUGAGUUGCUCCAUUGCUAUCUAGAGAGUAUGAACUGCUCAAUCUUCAAUGCUGCAACAUUCCAGAGCAGAUUUGAAGAUAAGCCACCUACAUUUUACAUAGGUGUCAAUGCUUAUCCAAGUGUAAUGGCACAGCUGACAGGGCAGACAUUGGCAUACCUUACGGGGCAGGUCACAAACAAAACCAAGGAGCAGUGUGUCGCUGAUCCUCAGAGCCAGGUAUACCAGUACCUUUGGAUGUCUGGCAAGAAUGAAAAUGGAAAUUCAACAGGUGUUUGUGUUAAGACUACAAUGAAUUAUUCAAUAGCUGAAAGUCCGGCAUUCUCAAUAGAAGGUUAUGAUUGGGCAUCUGGCCAGUACUCAACUUGGACUGAGAGCACAUGGAAUGAAUUCAGAGUGCGCAUGUUUCUCAAGCCAUCAUACAGGCAUGAAGUAGUGACCCUGUGCAUUGGUAUUGCCGUGAUGUUUUUCUCAUUUGUGAUUGUGUUCUUCAUUAAUACACGCUCACAUGUCCUGUUUGGUGAUGUGUUGGUGGCGGCGAGUUGCUAGGGCAGCGACGCAAAUCAGAUCUCCUUGACGACCUUUCCCCGGCUGAGUGACUCGCUGUCGCCCAUUGCUCAGCUGUAAGAGGUCGGCGUUCUAGGACACCUGAUUUGCGACAUCUGUAAGGACUGUUGGCGGUGCGUCUGCGCUGCUGGAUGCCCUGCCCCAAAUAUAUUAUACUCUUGUAACAUUCCACAGAGUGAAUUGGAACGUUGGAGUGAACGGUGGUGUUUUGAAGUGUGCUGUGUGCAGUGAGGUUCUUCACUCUUAUUUUAUCACUGCUGUGAGCUUGUUAUAUUUGUAUGUAUACUGUAUUUUUAAACAAAAAUGUAAAUACUGAAUUAUUUAUUAAUAUCUUUGUAUAUAGGCCAUAAUAGCUUUCAGUAAUGUUAGGUAUAUAGUCAGUGUGUGUGACUGAUUGUGUACAGCAAAUGUGUCAUUUGCUAAAUGUGCUUUCAUUAUUGUGUGAAGCUGUUUUUACUGCCACCAUGACUUUACUGGUUCCAGCCAAAUACUACUUAUUAAUUGUAAACUCAAAUGUUGUACUUAAAUUACCAUCUCUCUAAAACUUUUAUACAAAGUAAAAUAUAAAAUAUGAUCUGUGUUUUUUAAUGUGUAGCAAAUAAAUGUAUGUAUGGUAAAAAAAAUGAAAAAACAAGGCAUACAUAAAUUAUGGGAGAUCUACAGAAAGAGGCAGUUCAUAUGUAGACCUACGAUUAAAUCCAUUGUGAUUUAGGUCUUGAGGUCCUUAUCACCAGUUCCUAUCCAGACAAUUUGGAGAAGAAGAAUGAAGAGUUGGAAGUAAGUGUAGUGCUGGCAGUAAAUCACUGCUUCAGAGAAACGUCUCCAGUACUUUAACAGGGCUGUUCUCAUCAGGCUUCCAUAUUUGAAAGUCCCUCUUCAUUGAAAUGGAAGAAACAAUUGUUCCAUUAUGGUAAGCAGCAGAGGAAGAUCAGUGCAUAUGAAUAGUGGGCCAUUUUGUAUCUCACAUGCUAUGUACUCCUUGAUGAACAAGAACAUGCUUAUUGUGAUGAUCGGUGCAACAUAGUAUUAAGCAAAAGUAGCUUGAUGCAGCUCUUCACCUCUGCCCACUCCAUGUGCAGAACUUUCUACAAUCCCCUCCUGUAUAUCAGCACUCAGACACAUGUAGUAGCUUUCUUCCAGUCAUUUUCAUUUAUCAAAAUAUUGCAAAGCAAUAUCCAGUAAUGACAGGGAAGGAAUCAUAUGAGACAUCUCUUACCUUUUGAAAUGACGAGCAAAAGCAAAUUGUAUUCAGUAGUCCAUAUGAAUAUUGUACAGUGUGCAUCUGCUGCUCUCUGCUAUUAUAAGCACAAGUGUGAUGUAAAAAGGAAAAAAACUAAUGACAAAUUAUUUUAUCAUUUAAUUCACAGAAGCUUAAAAGAUUUUUAUAAAACAUACCUGCAAACUUUCAAAAAUGUGUUGGUUUGUUUAUGACAUGAAACUAUGUACAUGAAUACCUUUUGUUAAGAGUUUGUUAAUAAAGUUAACGAAACCACA